AUGCCUCUAAACGACUCCACCAGUUAUCCCCACGGUCACCCGGACUGCGCCAACUACGAUGAGGAUAUUCAACAUCUGAAGGAGAAGGUGGACGCGGGCGCAGAUUUCAUCAUCACGCAGCUGUUCUUCGAGGCCUCAACUUUCAUCAAGUUCUACCAUGACUGCAGGAGGAUUGGGAUUACUGUUCCCAUCAUGCCAGGAAUACUGCCCAUUCAGGGCUACAGGAGUCUGCACAAUCUGACAAAGCUAUCGAAACUGGAGGUUCCUCGAAACAUCAUGGACGCCAUCUUACCCAUCAAAGAUGACGACGCCGCGAUCCAAAAGUUUGGCAUCAGUUUUGCCGUCAACAUGUGCAAAGAGCUACUCAACUCUGGACUGGUGAAUGGUCUACAUUUCUAUACUCUGAAUCGAGAGGUCGCCACUAUUUCAAUCCUUACUGAACUAGGUAUGUGGUGUGAUGACCCGCUGUCACUGAAGACGUUGCCAUGGAAAGCUCCAGCCAGUCACAAGAGGUGUACCGAAGACGUCAGACCAAUCUUCUGGGCCCAGAGACCCAAGAGCUACAUACACAGAACCAAAGAAUGGGAUGAUUUUCCCAAUGGAAGAAUGAAGAACCCAGUACAUAUCCUGGUUUUAAUUGCUGACAUCACUUCCUGUCAGGUGACCAGUCUCCCCUGGAAUGACGACGAGCUUGCCAUGGAGACGUCUCUACUGACUCAGCAGCUGGCGGCCAUCAACUGUCGCGGAGUCCUCACGAUCAACAGCCAGCCUGCCGUCAACGGCCGCAGCUCCUCUGAUCCCGUGGUCGGCUGGGGGGAGAAAGGAGGCUUCGUCUAUCAAAAGGCAUAUCUGGAGUUCUUCUGUAGUCCGUCGUUCAUGAGAGCGCUAAUGACGGUCCUGGUGGACUAUCCUCAAGUCAACUACCACAUUGUCAACAGACAGCCUGACUCGAUCCAACAUCCUACAAGUCACAUGCCAUGUCCCACUGUGGAGGAGUGUGGAUGUCGACGACUGUCUUGA